AUGCCCCGCGCCAGGCUCUGCAGCCGCUGGGGCGGCCGGGUGCUGCCCCUGCUCCUGGCCUACAUCUGCUACCUGCUGCUCGGCGCCACCAUCUUCCAGCUGCUGGAGAAGCAGGCAGAGUCUCAGUCCAGGGACCGGUUUCAGUUUGAGAAGCUGCGCUUCCUGGAGAACUACACCUGCCUGGACCAGCAGGCUGUGGAGCAGUUUGUGCAGGUCAUCAUGGAAGCCUGGGUGAAGGGCGUGAACCCCAAAGGCAACUCGACCAACCCCAGCAACUGGGACUUCGGCAGCAGUUUCUUCUUUGCAGGCACAGUCGUCACCACCAUAGGAUAUGGGAACCUGGCGCCCAGCACAGAGGCAGGCCAGGUCUUCUGUGUCUUCUAUGCUCUGGUGGGCAUCCCUCUCAAUGUGGUCUUCCUCAACCACCUGGGCACAGGGCUGCGUGCCCACCUGACCAUGCUGGAGAGGUGGGAGGACCAGCCCAGACGCUCCCAGCUGCUGCAGACCCUGGGCCUGGCCCUCUUCUUGGCACUGGGGACGCUGCUCAUUCUCAUCUUGCCGCCCAUGAUCUUCAGCCACGUGGAGGGCUGGAGCUUCAGCGAGGGCUUCUACUUCGCCUUCAUCACCCUCAGCACCAUCGGCUUCGGGGACUAUGUCGUCGGCACGGAUCCCAGCAAGCAUUACCUCUCGGUGUACCGGAGCCUGGCGGCCAUCUGGAUCCUCCUGGGCCUGGCGUGGCUGGCGCUGGUCCUCCCCCUGGGCCCCCUGCUUCUGCACCGGCGCUCCCAGCUCUGGCUGCUUGGCAGAGGCCUCGGUCUCAAGGAAGGGGGAGCCCCCGAGACCGAUGGGCUCCCUAGACCUCAGAAGACUCCCAUCUCUGCAUGA